AUGACACAGGCCGGCCUGUGGGUGGUGGCUUCAUGUCACCACCUGCAGGUCGGCCAUACGCACGAAGAUGUCGACGCUGUUUUCAGCUUGGUGGCGGUUGCCCUCCGGACAUGUCAGUCCCAAUUUCUACAAACACCUGCUGACGUUGCACGAAGGAUAGAGUCCAAACUGAGUCAUCUGUGGCGGGAGAAGGGUCAGGUGUUCUCCAUUGAGAUAGUGGACACCGUACGCGACUGGGUGGCGAUCCUGCCGGAUGAGGCAAUCUUCGACUUGGUCCACACCAACCCAGCUGCAAAGUAUGACAAGCUGCACUUGGACUCGGACCUUGGUUCGGUGAUGAAGUCCGCCGAGGAGAACCUGGAAUGGCAGAGGAUCAGCUUUGUCUUGGAGGCCACUGGAAAGAACCUGGAAACUUAUGUGGAGAAACAUCAGGACCAAUCAAGGAAUGCCUUGAAGAAAAGCAUGGAGGCAGCCUUCAACGCAUGGGUGGAGGAAUUGCACGCCGACCAAACGCAGUUUAUGGCCGACAAGGAUUGCCACAGCCGCGCUUGGGAUGCGGUGGCUGCCUACAUGGAGAAGCACAUCAAGGUGUUCUCGAGCCGGUCCCUGGAAGCGGAAGGGACUUUGAUGCCGGCCAGCAGGGCGACACCGAAAAAAAAAGAGGACACCUCUGAUGUCAAAAUGGAUGACGAGAAUGAUGACGAUGAUGACAGGGAUUCUGCCCUGAAGUUGGAAGAGUCGGAAGAAAUCCAAGUCCGAGACAUCAGAUACAACUUGGAGACCCAGCUGGCACUGAAAGAUCGCAAUCUAAAAGUUCGGAACAUCACCUGGAUCUUCGAGCCCGAUACGGUGUACGGAAAACGUGAUGGUGUUCUGACUGGAUUGGCCGUCACCCACAAGGACUCCAGGAACUACUUCCACAGCACAAGGGGAUGGAAGACGGGAACCGUCCAUGGCAUUGGUAUGUGUCCCAGGGCUGAGAUGUACAAGCCAGAGACAGACUUACUGAACCGGCUCUCCAAUGCAGUGUAUGAGCAAGCGCGGGCUGGGGAUCUGCAAGUUACUUCUUUCCCCAGCUUUGAUCCAAUCCUGUCGGCCUUGAAAAGUGGCAGCACUGCCAAUGCUGCCCGAAGCUACAGGGUGACUUGCCAACGCCACGACCAGUUGCUCGUGUUGGAGAGCUUCGCGAAGCGCUGGCUGGACGAUCCACAAUUUGAUGAACGUGCCCGUGAGGUGAUCAAACUACACAAUGAAGAGUACAACGCAUCUGAGGAUUUUAUGAUGGCUGCCGAAAGGUCUGAGCCCAAGGUGGAGGAAGAGGCGUCUUUGGAACGGCCUGCAAAGCGGAUCAAGUUGGAGGCCUGCAAGACUGAGGAUGUGACCAAAUUGGCCAAAUCGAAACUUGUUCAGCUUUGGGAGCGGAGAAUGGAGGGACGCUGCUGCGCCUUGCCAGCCAUUGCAAGAUUUUCUCCCCGUUUGAAAGUGGUCGAGGAUGAUACCACCAAAAAGGAGAAGGGCAGGAAGAAGAAGACAGCGCCAGCCAUCACAUCCAAGAACUUCGGGGCCUUCGUGUCGGUGCCGGCCAUAAAGGAUGCAGACAAUAUGGUCCUGGCGUGGCGGUGCCGGAUUGACAACAGCGGGGCUGCUUCGAAGGGGGCAAAGCUGAUCAUGCCGAUCCGGCCAGUGAUGUGCUUGAAGCACCAGCUGGAAGUGAACAGCGAAACGGUGUGCUUGGUCUGA